UUAACGGAAAAUUCACUCCAGAGUCUAAUUUGGCUAAUAGAUCUUGUGCCAAAUAUUUUUGGAUAUUCAGAAGCUUUACUAUUACAAAUCUCAAGAUUUAGAAGAGUUUUUUACAAGAUCAAAGUAUUGUUUGACAGUUUGGAACCAAUAACAAAGAGCCCUAAUAAAGAAAUUUGUAAGAUACUCCUCAUUGCUCAGCUAAUCGGGGCAGUCGCAGUAACAGUUUGUUAUGAUUCUACUUUUUUAUUCUUAUUCGGAUAUACCGCGGCAAUGUUUGGAAUUCUUAAAGAAGAGAUAAUGUCUUUAGAAGUUAAAAAGGAUAUAGAGCAACAGGUCACUGGAACUGUUAAAGAACGCCUCAAGAAUAUAUUCAUUCGUCACACUUUAAUCUUACAUACUGUUGAGAAUAUACAAGACAUAUACAAUUUUAGUAUCGGUUUAAGUUUUGUAGAGGGCGCUAUUACAAUGUGUUUAUUUUUCAUUGUACCAUUGCGUGUUAGUUUAAAUUUCAUUCCACUUCUAACACAUAACUUUUUGACAUUUUUCUUAUAUUGUUACCAAGGACAGAAGAUAACUACAGCUGCCGAAAGAUUCGAAAUGUCAGUAUAUUGUUGCGGAUGGGAGAAUUUUGAUAUCAAAGAACAGAAAUUGAUACUUACCAUGUUGAGACAAUCUCAGAAACCAGUGAUAAUAAAUGCAGCAUCUGUUAUACCGAUUUGUAUCUAUACUUUUGCUUGUACUAUGCAAGGGAUUUAUAAAUUCGGUGCUGCGUUCAAAAGUUAA